AUGCCAGGAUCGCCAUCCUCCUCGUGGCCCGUGUUUCGUGAGCGUCUGAAGCAAUCAUUUAAAGGCGCGGACCCCCGAGUCUGUAUUGCUUUCUGGCUUUUCGGCCUGAUCAACAAUGUCCUCUACGUUAUCAUCCUCACUGCGGCGCUGGACCUCGUGGGGCCCAACAUCCCCAAAGGCGUCGUUCUCCUCGCCGACGUGAUACCAUCUUUCCUCCUAAAGUUGCUGGCGCCCUACUUCAUCCAUGCCGUUCCUUACCCUGUCCGAAUCUUGAUCUUCGUCGCCCUGUCCGUGGCGGGAAUGUUGCUGAUCGCAUUGACGCCGAGUUAUUUGGAAGGAGGAACAAUAUCGACCAAGAUGGCGGGUGUGAUACUCGCGUCGUUGAGCAGCGGGGGUGGGGAGCUGAGCUUCGUGGGUUUGGUCCACUACUACGGGCCGUUCUCCCUUGCGGCCUGGGGAAGUGGGACGGGGGGUGCUGGCCUGAUCGGGGCGGGCGCGUAUGCUCUGGCGACGACGUCUUUCGGGCUGAGUGUCAAGGCAACUAUACUGGCCUCGGCGGGGUUGCCGGUGUUUAUGUUGGUGAGCUUCUUCCUCAUCCUGCCGCUGGAGCCGCUCUGGUCACAUGCCGAAUACAAGCAAAUCCAUUCUGGUGAGAGCGACACCGACGAUGUUGGCGGAGCCGAGAGUGAACAGAGACAAGGUCUGCUGGCAGAAAGUGCCUCACUCGGCGAAGGCUAUGCUCCCUACGACAAGCAGGUUUCUGCCUGGACCAAAUUCGAGCAAAACUUGAUCAGGGCAAGGGCCCUGUUCUUCCCCUUCAUGUUACCUCUUUUAUUGGUGUACAUUGCGGAGUACACAAUCAACCAGGGCGUUUCCCCGACAUUGCUCUUCCCGCUUCAACAGACACCGUUCAAACACUUCAGGGCGUUUUAUCCAACGUACAACGCGAUCUAUCAGGCUGGAGUCUUCAUCUCACGGUCAUCCACUCCGUUUCUGCGAAUCCACAAUCUGUACCUACCAUCUUUCCUGCAAGUACUGAAUCUGGUCGUGCUGACGGUCCACGCGCUGUACGAUUUCAUCCCCAGCGUGUACAUCGUAUUCGCCAUCAUCUUUUGGGAGGGACUUCUGGGUGGACUGGUAUAUGUCAACACAUUUGCGGAAAUCCGCGAUACGGUGCCGAAAGAGGAGCGAGAAUUUUCCCUUUCUGCGACAACCGUAAGCGAUUCGGGCGGUAUCUGCAUUGCAGGAUUUAUUAGCAUGGCUUUUGAGGUCUGGCUGUGCAAUUGGCAAGUCAGACAUGGUCGAGAUUAUUGUAAGAAGCUGUGA